AUGAAGCGCGGUCAUUGUCCUCAGCGCCUAGAAGGCACCCACCAUCGUGUAGAAUUCGAGGACGACUAUGACAGAGUACACUCUCAAACGUCUGGCAUCGAUCGACAUGGACAUACGUCCUCAUCUGAGUCCAAACCCUUACGUGGCAAAGCAGGUUGGACCCUCAGAAGUAUGUGGAACCCUCCAGACGAUUCCAAGCUUUCACUCGACGUAGAUGGGAGCGGUUAUGAGGACCAGAUGAAUGCAGAAGUGUUUGAAAGUACCAUCUUCCAUGACACAAUGGAACCUCAAAAGGCAACGAGGUCAAAAGUUUCGGUGAGUGACAAGUCUUUGGAAACCAGCUUACGUGCUGAGGACGGUUGGAAGAGGCGGCCACAUUUGGUGUGGAAGGAGCAGUUCAGAUCGGUUUAUCUAGACGAGGUUACUCGCCAUGACAGACGAGGAGACGCUCGCCAGAAUCUGAAAUGUCCCAACUGUAUCGCUCGGAAUGUUGAGGAAGAGGUGCAGGGAGAGCCGGAGGUUCGGUGUAAGGAUUGUUUUCUCAGUGAUUUGGUCUGCACAUCCUGUUGCGUCCGUUGGCAUAGGCAGAAUCCAUUCCACUGCAUCGAGCGAUGGACUGGGCUUUACUUUGCCCCAAUCAUGCUGAAAGCGAUUGGCUUACAUGAUCAGCUUAACCACCAAAGUUUCCAAUGUCCUCUCCCUGUACCCUGCCAUGUCAAGCUUCGAAUUCUCCAUACCACGGGCAUUCAUGACGUUGCAGUCAAUUACUGUGGUUGUGGGCGACAAAUCCCGCAGCACAUUCAACUCCUACGACGCGGAUGGUAUCCUGCUAGCCAGAAGGUGGUGAAGACUUGUGCAACGUUCCAGCUGUUGGAGUUGCUCCACCUCUUUUCCCUUGUCUCCAAAAUGUCCACAUAUCAUUUUUAUCGCACGUUAGAGAGAAUGACGGAUAAUACAGGGCUGAAUACACCACCCUCUCGUAAAGCAGCCCUGAUGCGUAUGCUUAUUCAAUGGUGUCACUUGAAGCUGUUAAAGAGAGGCGAGCGAGUGCACGACAUCACUGGACCUGAGGGUACAAAGCCAGGCGAGCUUGCCGUCCUCUGCCCAUCUUGUCCUCGGCCGGGAAUAAACCUACCUCCAGACUGGGAUCAAGCACCUCCCCACUUAAAAUUUUUGUAUAUUUUGCUUAUAUGCAUCGACGCGAACUUCCGGCUUAAGAACCAGAUUGUGUUGUCGUAUUCGAGGGACCCAGGUCUCGGUAUCGGUUGGGCGUACUUCACUGCCCACGAGCCUUAUGAGGAAUACGUUCAAAGUCAAGCUACAGAUGCAGACAUUAGUAACUGCAUGGAGUUUUCUGCCGUGGCCAAAUCAAACACAAAGUUUUCAAAAGGGCUCCGUUACACAGGUGUGGUUGCGGUGUCCUGCGGAAGAAGUGAGAUGGUUCUGCCUACGUGUGUCGGCAAUACGAAUAAGGGUGAGAGAUAUGCCAAUGUCGACCCCCUCGCUGCAGCAGCUAUCCGUCAAUUCUCAGAUUUGCUCUGGGUCAUUAUCAGCUAUGACAUUGCCUGCCAAUGGAUCAAGACGAUAUUCACAUGGAUGACCUCACAUUGGCCCUCUGAGCUUUGA